UUUAUCGCCCUUUUACAAAUCCAGAUGAACUCACGUAUACGUUUUAAACAACUGUACAACAUUUGGGGUAGCAAGUUUUAGCGCGACGUUUCCACGGACGGUCUUGUCUCUGGUUUUCCAUGCAUCGAUUUGUGAUAAUUUCCGCAGCGUUCGCUGCUCUGCUGGGAGUAGUGACGUCAAGCGACAAGGACGGAUGUGACGUCGACAUUAAAUAUGACCCCUACCACCCGUGCCCCCGGAGCUACUUCCCCGUAUGUGGGUCAGACUCACGGACCUACUCGAAUGACUGUGUGUUCUGUCAGGCCAAACGAACCCAGAUGAACAGAGGUUUACCGGGUAUGACGCUCUUCCAUACAGGUAACUGUGACAGCACGGAUCGGCCAACAACACGACGCCCAACGACAACACGACGCCCUACGACAACACGACUCCCCACCCCGUCCGCAUCCUCUAGAGACUACCUCUCUAGGUUCCAGGCCCUGCUGCGCUACUUCGAGUCCAUGAGGAACCCCUGGCUGAAGCGGAAAGGGCGCUCGGUCGACAGAUCGGCGGGGGAUCGGCAGCGACCGGCACUGUAUCACUAGCGACACCCACAGGAGGAGAACAAGAUUUUGGAGCCAAAUCAGAGCACAAGUACAGGAAGUCUCACCGCGAGUUGUUUGAAAACAGCCAUUGUACCUUGCCAUAAUUCAUUUCAAUCUAAAAGUACAAUAUUUCUGGAAUACCCAGCUUGAUCGACAAGCACAUUCAACGGCGCUGAAAUAUAUGCGUUUGCAAAGUAACUUUCAGCCCUUUCAAUAAAGUUUUGGAUUACA